UACUCUUUCUCUUUUUUCUUUCUGCUUCUCUUUUUUUUUGUAUAGAAACGCACUUAGAAUUAUCAAAUUAAAAGAGUAUGAGUUCAACAUUAUUUACAUUAUUUGGCAUGAAUGUCGUUAGCGACUCUCCUUCUAUCAAACCCGUAAAAGAAGAUCAUCCACCUACAAUCCAAGACUACGUAGAAUUCCUUAAAAAUCAAGUUUAUUCACCAAGUGCUGUCACCCCCCGUCUUGUGCCUGAUAGUGAAGUAAAGAUUCAAUGUCAAGUGCGCGCCCGUAUUCCUACCACAGAAGGUGGUGAAAUGUAUUUAUAUUUAUACAAAAAUAACCAAGACAACAAGGAACACUUGGCUAUUGUAUAUGGUGAUGAUAUUCGCUCGAAAUCCUUGGACAAAACGUGGGAAAACGAAACUAUUAUGAACAGAAUUGUAAGAGGUGCAUACUAUGGUCGUUUGGAAGAAGUGGUGACUGAAGAAUCUCGUUCUCUUAAACUGACAGAAGAUCAAGAAGCGUAUUUAGAAUCUCAACAAGCAAAAGCCAAAAAUGAAUGGAAACUUUUGUCCGAUCCUCCUCUUGUCCGUAUCCAUUCCGAAUGUUUUACAGGUGAAACAGUUCAUUCUGCUCGAUGUGAUUGUGGUGAACAGUUAGAUACUGCUAUGGCUCAGAUGCAGGAAGCAGGAAGAGGCGUUAUUGUAUAUUUAAGACAAGAAGGUCGAGGUAUUGGUUUGAUGGAAAAACUCAAAGCUUACAACUUGCAAGAUUUGGGUCAUGAUACAGUAGCUGCUAAUGUGUUAUUGAGACAUCCUGCUGAUGGCAGAACAUAUGGUAUUGCAAAUGCCAUCCUUAAAGAUCUUCAACUAUCUAGCGUACAACUCAUGACGAACAAUCCUGACAAAAUUAAGCAGCUUGAAUCUUUUGGAUCUAUCAAGGUAGUGAAGCGUCAAUCCAUGGUGCCCCGUUCUUGGUCUUCACCUGUUAUGUCUAAUUUGAUGGGCAUUCUUCAUCCUGGUAGCAAUACAAACACUAAAAAAGAAUUUGUCCAUAGUGAUUUAGCAAGCUCGCCCGUGUUAUCCUCGGGUGCUUCCACACCAAGAAAUGAAAUGGAUAAAUACUUGGCUGUCAAAGUCAAGAAGAUGGGUCAUAUUUUAGAUUUACCAGACGAUUUGGCUAAAUAAAAAAGAAUGCAUUAAUCAAGUGGCUUAUGUAUAUGCACUUGUGACUUCUUUUUUUGUUUCCUCUUUCUCACUUGCUUGUU